AUGUCAUAUGGGUAUAGCGCGUUUCAAAACUUUGACAACGAACAGUUUCUACUGGCUUUGUCCCUAGAUGACAAGUUUGAGCAGGAAAGAGUCGAUGCAAGUAAGGGUAACGCUGUUUACAAUAGUAAUAAUGAUGAUGAUGAUUUUGAUGAUCCAAUGGAAAUUGAUGACUCUAAUGAGCUAAAUGAUAGCUGCAUAGAUACUCCUUUAGAAAGAGAAAAGCAAGACUUUUUAGAGAUUGAUAGAGAAAAUAUGUUUAUGCAAGACAAACCUGCUUUGAAUUCCAGUAUGUUUUCACUGUUAUCGCCUACUAUGCUAGGUGCAAGACUAGCAGUUCGCAAGCCGCUCCUUUUAUUGCCUCCUUCUCCAAAACUGAAGGAGCCAGAGAUAUUUUCAGAUGUCAAACAUCCCACUACCAGGAGGAAACUGUCUGUUGAUUAUGAAUUUGAUAUUAGUUCGUAUCAACCUGUAAAUAAAAGUGGGUCUUUCACGAAACGAAACACAAGCUCAAUAUAUAAUGUAGACAGCCUACAACGAUUUGUGCCAUCUCACGAUGAAGGGGCAAACUACUUUUCGAGCGCGUCGGGCUUACAAAAACAACAACAACAACAGCAGCAACAGCCGCAGACUGUUCACCACCAUCAUUACUAUUCAAACAAAGAUUACACGACGGAAGAUACUCUAUUGCUGCACUACAAACUGAGAUUGAAGAAAGAGAUUGAGGGACAAGAUAAAGAUUCACUGAGGAUGCAUCUACAAAAGAUAAGUCAAACUUGUCCGCAGACAUUUUCUGAUUUACAAUUAUCUCAAAGUGAUACAGUUACUUUACCUGCACCUUGGAAGUCUAACAUAAGCCCUAUUGAGAGAAUUCCCUAUAUUCUAUCUUCUUAUUUGCAAUUUGUCAUUAACUUUAUUCUAUCAUUAUACAUGUUGUAUCUAUUGAUGUACAUAUUCACCUCCAUAAGGUCAGACAUCAACCACAAACUACAAGAACAAAGAGCCAACAUUCUUUCACAAAUAGAAUCUUGUAAGCAAUUGUAUUAUGAAAACAAAUGUGAUGAUCCCGAUUUCAUGUAUUUGCCAUUGAUGGGGAAAAAAUGCCAACAAUUACAAAAAUGUAUGAAUCAAAAUCCCAAUUCUAUAGGAAACUUGUCGGUUAUAAACGCUCAAAUAAUCGGGAUGGUAUUGAAUUCGCUAAUUGAACCUUUAAGUUUCAAAUUUUUUAUAUUUGUUUUAUGGUGUGGAUUUGUAAUUUUUGGAUGUAAUUUUUUCUUUGGUUAUGUGAGAGCAAAAACCUACUAUGGAGAAAGGCUUUUAGACAAAAGAACAAUUUGA